AUGACAACCGCCCACCCGCCCAAAUCCAUUCUCAAAAAGUACCCCUCCUCUUCCUCUUCGGACAAGUACAAAACAAUCCAAGAGCGCAACCUCGAGGUAGCCCUCUACCAUGCCAACCUCAUCCAGCGCCGCAAAGACAUCGAGCUUGAAAUUCUCCUCGCCCUGGAAUCCCUAAUCGACUACCCACUCUCCCCUCCCACUAUCCCCUCCCCAGCCUCCCGCCCCUCCCCCUCCGACAUCGCGACAUUCAGAUCGCACCUCACGCACUUCACGCCCAGCGACUACGAUGCCCUGAUACACGAACGCAACAUCAACCAGAAGUGCGGGUACGCGCUGUGCCCGCAGCCGCUGGCCCGUGACGCUGUGGGCGGCGAGUUCCGCAUUCUGGGCAUCGGGGGCCGCGCGAAAGAUUUUCGCGUCGUAAAGAGGGAGGCGCUGGAGAGGUGGUGUGCGGAAGGAAAAGGGGAGAGUUGUAAGAGGCGCGCGAUGUGGGUGCGGGUACAGCUGGAGGAGUGUCCGGCUUGGGAGAGAGGGGAGAGAGGAGGUGGAAUUGGGAGUGAAAUUGAGUUGUUGGAUGAGGGGAGAAGAGAGGAGGAGGCGGCGGAGGAUGUACUAAUGGAGGGAAUGGGAAGAAUGAAAAUUGAGGGUGGGGGAAGCAAGGUGGAGGAGAAGGAGAAGGAGAGGAGAGAACUGGCGCUUGAGAGGGGUGAGAAGGGCCUGGGGAUGGGGGCGCAGAAGGGACUUGUGGAAGUUAACGUAUUAGAGAAGGAGGUUAGUGGGAGGAUGGUUUCGGCGCCUUGUCUGGCAGACGAGGAGUUGAGCGGGAGGUUGGAGCACCUCGCGCUCGAGGGUUACACUUCGAGGUUUGAGGGGCAGCAGAGGAGAAUGGUGGAGAUGGCGAGAGGCGGGGAGGAGAUGGAUGCGGAUGCAGAUGGGCCGGAUACAGAUUGGAAGUUUUAG